CUCCGCUAUCGCCUGGCGUGGUCGGACUUCUGAAGCAAGACCAGAGCCUUUACCGGUGAAGGACAUGAGGCUCCGUUCCAUUGGCCUCUGCGUUCUGAUCCGAAGAUGAAUGAUGCAGACGUUUCCAAGCAGAUCCAGCAGAUGGUGAGAUUCAUCCGCCAAGAGGCGGAGGAGAAAGCCAACGAGAUCACCGUCCCCUCUGAAGAAGAGUUUAACAUCGAGAAGUUGCAAUUGGUUGAAGCUGAAAAAAGGAAGAUCAAACAGGAAUAUGAGCGCAAACAGAAGCAAGUAGAAGUUCGGAAGAAAAUAGAAUACUCAAUGCAGCUCAAUGCUUCUCGUAUCAAAGUUCUUCAAGCACAAGAUGACGAGGUUAACUCCAUGAAGGAGGCAGCAUCGAAGGACCUUCUGAGCUUCCACAACCACCCUGCAUACAAAAAUCUUCUGAAAGACCUUAUUGUUCAGAGUUUGAUCCGACUGAAAGAGCCUGCUGUCCUAUUGUGUUGUCGGGAAGAUGAUCUAUAUUUGGUUCAAUCUGUUUUAGAGUUAGUAGAGCUGGAGUAUGCAAUGAAAGCACUUGUUCAAAAACCUGAAAUUAUCAUUGACGAGCAAGUCUGUUUGCCUCCUGCUCCUACCCAGCAUCAGGCCCAUGGACCUUUCUGCUCUGGAGGUGUUGUGUUAGCUUCUAGUGAUGGCAAGAUUGUUUGCGAGAACACCCUUGAUGCAAAGUUGGAUGUGGUAUUCCAAAAGAAACUGCCAGAGGUAUCAUCUCACAUGCCAAUCCGUAAGUUGCUUUUUGGACAGGUUGCAGCAUGAUUGGUUGGAUGUUUUUGUGUCAUCACUUGUGUGUUUGAGACUAUAAUUUUAGGAAUCUGUCCAUCAAUGAUCAAAAUUUUGCUCUA